AAUGCCCUCUGUUGCCUCUAGUCUAAAAUUGCCAAAAAUAUCGCGACACAGGGAGCGAACGGUUGAAUGCUUUUUACUCAUUUCUUAAAGCAAUACGUAGUUUAUAUAUUUUAGUUCUAGAAGUUCUCUUUCGUGAAAUAGUUCAAAAUGGCCUCCAAAUGAAUUCAAAACUGAAACAAGAUGGACGCAAAGUUCUAAGCUUGAAAUUUGACAAAGCUCUACAAUAUUGGAUACUGAAAUUCUACUGUUAUUAUUAUCACUAUGUGUGAAGCAAAAGACGAUACAACAGACAAUACAGAACAAAGUCAUGGACUGUUGAGGGAAGACCAGGCAAACCAAAACAACAAUGGCGUGGGGAAGUUCGAUAUUGGAGACUUCGUGCACAACCAAAGAAAAAUUCGGCUUUUGAUUAUGCCGUGGAUCAGAUUCUACCACACUAUUUUUAAUAUAGUUAGUUGGAAAUCCUUCUAUGUAUCUUUGUUUUGGAUGUCAACAAAUUGUUUUAUAGCAGUCAUGUCUCCAAUUUAUUUUGUAAUCUUACCUUUGGCAUACGUCAGCCUGUUGAUGAUCAUAUCUGGAGUAAAGCAAUGGGGUGCACAAGGACAAAAGGAAAAGAAACUAAAGUAUGGCACCAUCAAGAAGAAGGCUGAUGACAAUGACUUGAAUGUAAAAGUUACUGUAGAAAAACAAGCACAUGAAGACAUCAAAGAGUUUAUUAGUUUACUGAUUCAGUUGGAUGCAUUCAAUACUGAGAUUUGUACAUUCUUUGAGAAAUGCCAAAGAAUUUUGAAGUGGGAAGACUUGCAAACUUCAGUAUGUGUACUUUUUGGCCUGCUAUUGGCUAUUCUUGUAUUGUGUUUCAUACCCAUCAGACUCUUAAUAUUGUCUGGGAUUCUUUGUGUAUUUUGUUUAAAUUUUGGAUUUCGACCAGUUGCAAGAAGUAUUUCACUAAUAUUCGGCAAGUACCUCAAAAAGCUGGUUACUUUGCUUGGCAUAAAUGAGUUGUUUCCAUCGAGGGACAUAAGAAGGAUCCCAUCCCAAAGUGCCAAUAGUGAUCUUCAAGAUGAAUGGUUUGAUGCAGCAGAAGACAAAAGUGAUACUGGUAUAUCCAGUGAUGACGAUGGCAGUGACACAAAUGAUGCACAAGGGGAACAGUCCUCAAGUCAAAGAAAACUAGACUCCAAAUCGGUGUUAUCACAAAUUGCAGACUUUCGAAGAAAACAGAAAAAAUUGAACAGUGGGACAUGUUCAUCGUGUGAUGUUCCCUUCUCUAUCUUGAAGAAAAGGCAAUAUUGUCGACAUUGUGGCAAAAGUUUCUGUUCAAGAUGCUGUUCUCACCGUGUUAAAAGAUCUGUAUUUGGAGCUACAGCUCCUGCUGCCUACGAAGAAACUGUAUUGGUCUGUAACACCUGCUAUGACUUGUUAAUGAAGGGGACCCCUGAAGAACAGCCUAGCGGCGCUGCUCGGUGAUAAAGGGUUACAGGGCCCAUAUAAUGCCAAUCCGUGGUUGAGGAACUGAAAAAACUGCGUCGACUUGGCAGUGCAUUCCGCUGGAAAAACUGACUGGUUGAUACAUUACAACCAAUUAAAUUGGUCAUAACCAAUCUCAAUUGGUUGUUUCAACACGAAAAGCAAUUGGUUAUUUUCUUGAACACAAAAAGGUUGGUCGUAACAACCAUCAUACAAAUCGUAGACGGUUGUUUUAACGAAGAAUAAAUGGUUAACACUAAUGUUACCAAAUAAUACAAAUAAUAAGAAGAAAAGCAUGUAAAGCGCUUAUACAAGUCUGUUCUAAGUGCUAAAUUAAAUUACAAAGAAAAAGCUAUUUUAAAUAAAUGAGUUUUAAGAUUAGAUUCAAGAGAAGAUAAAUUAGAAAUAUCUCUAAGUGAAGACGGUAAAGAGUUGCAAAGUUGAAGAGCAGAAAUUUAGAUUACAUAGAGAGUUGACCUAUUAAACCUAGAAUAAAUCAUGGUCAACACUAAAUAAAAUGGGUUAUUACUACCAAUAACAUAGAUGGUUUCAACCUAGAAUAAAUGUUAACACAGUUACCAAAUAAAGAGGGUUAUUACUACCAAUAACAUAGAUGGUUUCAACCUAGAAUAAAUGUUAACACAGUUACUAAAUAAAAUGGAUUAUUACUACCAA